GCCAGCCUGUCGCACUGCACGAUCGUUUUGAUGCUUGCUCUGGAACGCUUCUAUCUCCACAAGGCCUUCGAAACCAACAACCACGUGUGAUCACGCUGCACCCAGUACCGCCCGCGCCCGCUCUCUGCUCUCCGCUCUCCGCUCUCCGCUCUCCUCGACGUAUGAACACACACAGCCGCGGAAUAGUCACUCUUAGCCCGCUCUGAACGUUUGGUCGCACCAAAAUUCCUCGUUAUGCGGUAGUUCACACCCUUCAAUCAUGGCGAUGGAGAUGAGAGACUGGCUUGGGCCAGAAAUUGAGCGUGACCUGAAAGAGGCCAUUGAGUGGAAGCAACUGAGCAGGUUCAGCGACAAAGAUUUUUCGUGCAUUUUCAGCGAUAACGGCAGCAAUCUGUCCAUAUACCGCAAACACCCUCGCUCGGUCGCAAAAGUCGUCCAGAUCCUCGACAUCGUCGCUUCCCCGGCGCAAUUCAAGUGUCGCCUUUCAGACGGUCAUGUCGCUAUUAAGGCGGUGUUCACGAGGCAGGCUUGUGAGGCACUAGAAGCUCAGGGCCAAAGGGAUGUCGCCGAUCUCCUCCCUGGUAUGCAAAUUUCCAUUCCUGAGUUUGAAAUCACAGCAACAACGAUGGGAAAGUCAGAUGAACGCGUACAGCUGAAGCUUCGUCAUGUCGCCGUGUUCAAUAGCAUGCGACAGGGCACACUCGGGAACCCAGAGGACAUCCACAAGCGGUCAGGUGUUGAGAAGGCAUUGGCAACUCUGAAGGACUUGUCUCGGAAGAGGCUACAGGAGGUUCAACACAGUAGCCGGCCAGGAUCUUCUGGUAGCGCUGGAGCAAGUUCUUCCUCAGUUCAUGAUCUAACACAUCUGACACCUUUCGCAAGUGGAGAUAGUCAGGCUUUUGCUACUCAGUGGGCUGCCGGCGGCGCUGGGAAGCAGCAGAGCAGUGCCAUCAACCUUGCCAAUCCCAUCGCCCCGGCGCGAAGCACGCAGGUAUCCACACCGGGUAGAAACGGAUUUAAAAACCCGCUGCUUAAGGAUCCAAUGGAGUCGAUCAAAAUGCUACCCGCCACGCGACCAACAUCUGGCUUUGUACACUACGUUGAUCGGACCAGCCCCGACGUUGAAGGUCAGGCUGUGAAUCCCACAACCGGCAAAGCAGGUCCAGCUGAUCAGACUCGUCAACCUUGUUUCAUCGAUCUUACGGAUGCUGCUGACACGCACGAGGAUGAUACUGGAUUGAAUAUUGAAACGGAGGACGCAAAAGUUGAUCUCGCAGGUCAAGCCGAUCACAGUGGCAACGAUGUUGACCACGAUCCUGUAUCUGCACUAGUAGAUGGUGAUGAAUGGAAAGCAGACAAAACAAAAAGCCACGACAUCGACCCUGGAUUAUUGGGAGCCUCACCGUCUUCCAACGCGAAUUGUGGGGCACCUUGGUAUGGUCUCACUCAGAUCAAGCGAUCGCAUUGUGUCGUCCCACUUGAACAACAGAAGUUGCUGGAUCGGAAAGAGUCCUGGAACCCUCCAAUUCCUGGCAGGGAAUUUCCCCUGCUCAAUAUUCCUCGUGCUAUACUGCAGCAAAUCGAAGAUCGCAAGAGCGCAGAGGCAUUGCAACAGGAAGCUCACGAUGAGUCGAUACCAUCACGCCCUAUCUCACGAGAGUCGAAAACGUCAUAUUCGUCCCGCACACCACUUAGCUCCCCGGAGCGAGAGUUAUCAUGGCCGCUGUCAUCACCCAUUGGCAGCCGACGUGAUGAACUACCCCCCGACAGCAGUCUCCUUGGCACGAGAGGCGAGCGAUGGUCCACCCGACCUGAGGAACGGGAACAGAUUGUCGUAGACGAAUCACUGCCUCCCGAUAGCAGUCCAGACCUAGACGUCGAAACAAAAUCGGCGGAGUCAAAGUUGUCACCUGUGGAGAUGGGCUCUCGUGGCCAAUUCGACACCUCGCCAUCUCAGCAGAAUUCACGUAAAUUCCUAUCAGAGGCGAAUGCGGACCGAACGGCAGAUCCAUUUCUAGAAGAAUCUGUAUUAGUACCACAAAGCACAUUGACAAAGUCAGAGCCCGCUGGUUCGCAUAAGAUUGAGUCGGCAGCUGGGUCUAGCCCUCCUCACUCACGUGCUCAACAACAAGCCUCGAGUGCUCAAACCAGGAUUGUCGCAAGUCCAUACACGCCUGAUAUUCAGUUCGCUCAGCGUACAUCUAAUCCCCAGUUCUUUGACGGAAACCAGAGUGAGGAAUCGCCGAAUCCUCUCUCGUCUAGUCCAAAUGCAGACAGAAUGGCAGAGGAACAGCUGCAGAGAGAUUUGGUUGCGUCAGCACAAAAGAAAUCAGUCACGCAAAGCUCCUCUGCUAUAUCUAGGGCCAAAUCUUCUCCUCUCGGCAAACAGUCAAUACUUAGCGACGAUGAUGUGAUGGAUCUUGAUCCUAAAACUCCACCCCGGCAGGUUUUGGGUAAGCAUGUUCUGGCCUCCCCUGCUGCAACUAGCGGUAGGCCGCAUAAAUCAAAGUUUGGGUUCAGCCAGGAGGAGCCUGUAAUCAAGGAUCCGGCUCUGACCGCUGCCGAGGAGAAGAUGAAGUUCAUGGCUGCAAGGAAGCAAGCAAAUCGCAACAGAGCUAUGCAGGCUAAAGCACGCGCUGACGUUAAAGAUCAGCCUGACGGUCAGAUAUCUUCGAACACACCGACGUCGUCACAUGCAAUUUCGGAAAAGGCAGUUGUCAUCGACGGUGAUGACGAUUUUCACCAGCUAGAUAGGACAGAUUCAAACCCAGGAAGGAUAUCUGAUGAACACGGUGCUCAAGAACACAAUGUACGAUCAGAGAAUAACGCAGAAGAACCCAUGGUCACGGUUUCUUUUGAGUCUCUAUAUCAGGAAUUCACAACUGCGUACGAGGAUUACAAUGGCAAUCUGAAACAUUUCACGAAUCUACUUAAGGAUAUCAAACGCAGUGGCAAUCACUUGCAUCAAUUUCUGUGGGAUGACUAUGUCAUACGCAACAAGACAGACUACUUGCCGUACAGUAUAGAGUGUUUGGAAUCAGGAGAUCGGCCAGUCUCAUAUGAGAACUUUUACGCGAAGCGUAUCGUCAAACCGAUCUACAUCCAAGGUGUCCUGACACGAGACAAGCUUGAUGGCCUGUUUGCUGCUGAAGAUAUCAGAUAUCAAAGCGGCAGUCAGGCAUCUCCCCGCAGUCGCGGAAGACCGCCGUAUGCACGACGAGUUCUCGAUCGAUACGUGCCGUCUCCUCGCUCACAAGCUGCAGCAAGUCCAGCUGGCGCAUCGACAGGCAUUGCGCAAACUCUUAAGCAGAAAAAAUCUCUUAAGCUUAUGAGUUUUGGAUCGUCCCCUUCGAAAGACACAUCUCGUCGUGCGUCGAGAAAUGCAUUUGCACAACUGAACAAGACGCCGACCGUCGAUGCCUCACCAUCCGCACUUACCGAAGCCACAGCUCCGCUUUCCAGUUCGAGGAGUGGUUUGCCAAAGCGAUCGCUGCCUUGGGCUGCCUCAUCUGCCAGCACGUCCGCUUCUCAUCGAGCUGUCCGAGUCUCAGAUGUGCCUGCGAGCACAGCGUCUGAAUCGGGCAGAGGCUCGACCAGUGAGUACUCACAUUUCCACAAAUCCUAUCUGUCGCUGAGAAGCGUGCAACAGAACGCGGAAGGAGGUUCUGAGGUACCAAUAUCAGCUUGGCCGCGCAUCAAUGUUCUCGGCUGGGAACUCCCGUGAUGGAAGAACAGAAGCUACGUGAUCCUUGCUUAUUGUACAUGAAAGAUAUUCCGCUCUUAUUUGCUGCAAGACGGUGUGUGAUACCCCCAGGAAAGCUACUUACACGGUGCUAGUAUUAGAGGAGACAACGAAAUAGUUAUUGAAUAAUGUAUUGAACGUGCGG